AUGCUCAGGUCACCUUGCAGAUUAUUCCAUGGAUGCAACAGACUUCUUACAUCUCAGAUUAUUUCAUAUUAUGACUCUAUAAACCAGUGUGAAAAGGAACUGCCAGAAUAUUUCAACUUUGCAAGUGAUGUCUUAGAUGAGUGGUCACGACUGGAAAAGGAUGGAAGACGACCAGCAAAUCCAGCUUUUUGGUGGGUAAAUGAUGAGGGAGAGGAGGUGAAGUGGAGCUUUGAAGAGCUGGGAUUUCUGUCUAGAAAAGCAGCUAAUAUACUUUCUGAGGCAUGUGGUUUGCAGAGAGGAGACAGAGUUAUAGCAGUUCUGCCUCGUGUUCCUGAAUGGUGGCUACUGAAUGUAGCCUGUAUGCGAACAGGAAUUGUCUUUAUUCCAGGAACAUCCCAAUUAACAGCCAAAGACAUCUUAUACCGACUCAAGGCUUCGAAGGCCAAGUGCAUCAUUACCAAUGAUGCACUGGCACCUGCAGUGGAAUCUAUCAUGCCUGACUGCCAGUUUCUGAAAAGCAAACUAAUUGUAGCCAAAGGGAGCAGAGAUGGGUGGCUGAACCUCAAAGAACUCUUUGCGGUGACAUCUGCUGACCAUAAAUGUGUCAAGACAAGGAGCCAAGACCCAAUGCUGAUCUAUUUUACUAGUGGAAGUACAGGCUCUCCAAAAAUGGUGGUGCAGUCCCACAGCAGUUAUGGCGUCGGAUUUGCGACCAGUGGCAGGUACUGGAUGAACUUGACUCCUUCAGAUAUAAUGUGGAAUACCUCUGAUACUGGCUGGGUAAAAUCAGCUUGGAGCAGUGUUUUUGCACCAUGGAUCUGUGGAUCAUGUGUCUUUAUACACAAUAUGCCACAGUUUAAACCAGCAGUUAUUGCAGAGACUCUCUCAAGAUAUCCCAUCACGACCUUUUGCACUGCUCCUACCGCUUACCGUAUGCUGGUCCAACAUGAUUUGAGCAGCUACACGUUCACGAAUCUGAAACACUGUGUAUCUGGAGGGGAACCACUCAAUCCUGAAGUGAUGGCAAAGUGGAAAAUCCAGACAGGGCUGGAUAUCUAUGAAGGUUAUGGCCAGACUGAAACAGUGACAAUAUGUGCCAAUAUGAAAGGAAUGAAAAUUAAACCUGGCUCUUUGGGAAAAGCUGUUCCACCUUAUGAUGUGCAGAUCAUAGAUGCCCAUGGGGCUAUCCUGCCUGCAGGAGAAGAAGGCAACAUCGCUGUCCGAGUUCAACCAACACGACCAUUCUGUCUGUUCUCUGAGUACUUGGAUAAUCCAGAGAAAACUGCUGCCUCUGUCUGUGGAAAUUUUUAUGUCACUGGGGACAGAGGGAUUAUGGAUGAAGAAGGCUAUGUCUGGUUUGUUGGAAGAGCUGAUGAUAUAAUUAAUUCUUCUGGGUAUCGUAUUGGCCCAUUUGAAGUUGAAAGUGCAUUAAUACAACACCCUGCAGUCUCAGAGUCAGCUGUUGUCAGCAGUCCUGAUCCAGUUCGAGGAGAGGUAGUCAAAGCCUUCAUUGUUUUAGCUCCUGCUUUUGUAUCACAUGAUCCAGAAAAAUUAACUCAUGAGCUUCAGCAACAUGUCAAGAAGGUGACUGCACCUUACAAGUAUCCGAGGAAGGUGGAGUUUGUUCGGGAUCUACCAAAGACAGCUACUGGAAAAAUCCAGAGAAGGGUUCUAAGGAAUAAAGAGUGGGGAAGAGUAUAA